AUGACCAGUGUCGACGCAAAACUGCAGCCUGUCGAGGCUGCUCCUACGGAUUCGGUCUACCGGGACGACCAAGAUGAUGGCGGAUACAACGCCGGACACGAUGGCGAGAACACAGGAAUUGGAGAGGAAAACGACCUGGCUGCCUCACUCUCUCUUGGCGCACACGCCUUCGAGCCUGGUGAGAUUGACCAGGACCACUAUGACGACGAGUUCCGUAUCGAGGACGACCGGUUCACAAGAGCCAAACCGGUUUGGAACGACGUGAAGUUUGCGUUCUUCUUUGGUGCGGUGUUUUUGGCGUUUGUGGUCACGUCGAUGGUGAUGAUCAUCAAGCACAUCGAGGAGUUCGUAAGCGAGAGCGCAAUGCCAUCAACGCUGCCAAACUCUGCCUUCUUCGAGUUCAAGACGAUUUUGCUAAUCCUUUUCAUCAGCAUGAUCUCGUUUGGAGUGUCGCUGUUGAUCUUUCUUCUUGCCGGGAAAAACUCGGCCAAAUUCACGUCGGUGGGCUUGAAAGUGGUGGUCUUCUUCCUCGCCAUCUCGGGCGUGGCCGGCUUCUUUGUCGGACAGCACGUGCAGGCGGUUGUUUUCGUUGCACUUGCUGUCGCCAGCGUGGUCAUCCUCGUGAAGUACAGCCCGCUCGUGUCGCUCGCGUCGACGAUCUUGAACGUCGUCAUCACCGUGAUGAAGCGGUACCCUAGCACGGCCGUGGCUGCGUUGAUCGGCUUCUUGAGCAGCGCCUUCUUCAUCAGCAUCUUGACGCUUGCCAUCGGCUGCACAUACAUCGCCUUUGGCUUCCACAGCGACGGCUCGGUGCGUUUCGACGACGACGGCAACCCCACCUCUGUUGUCACCGCGAAGUUGGUGAUCACGAUCCUCUUCCUCAACUUCUCUGGGUUGUACAUCGCCGACGUGCUGAGAAACGUCAUGCACGUCACCAUCGGCGGCAUCUACGGCACCUGGUACUACCUGGAGAGCACCUUCGAGGGCAUGCCGACCGGAGAGGGCACCGGCUCGCUCAAGCGGGCGCUCACCUACAGCUUCGGCUCCGUCUGCUUCGGCUCGCUCUUUGUCGUGCUCUUUCAGUGCGUCGCCAUCUUCUUCAUGAUCAACAGCAACAGCCUCUUCGGCUACGUGGGCCACCUCAGCAUGAACCUGCUCGGCAUGGGGGUCGGCUACUUCAACCUCUACGCAUACUCCUUUGUCGCGCUCUACGGCGUCUCCAUGGUCCGCUCCGCCCGCUCCACCUACCUUUUCUUCAGACAGCGUGGCCUCCAGGCCUUCCUCAACGACUUUGUCAUCUCCGCCUCCUUGGGCUUCUACUGCGUCCUCGCCUCCAUUUUCGGAACCAUCAUCACCUACAUCUACCUCGUUGUCUUCAGACGCCUUCUGGGCCUCACCGACGACGCCUUCUUCCCGCUCGUAUCCUACUCUUUCAUCCUCACUUUCAACAUCACCAGCGUCUUGAUCACCACCAUCGUCUCCGGCUCCUCCGUCUUUUUCUUCGCCUUGAACAAAGACCCAGCAGUUUUCCAGGAAAGCCACCCCUUCGAGUUCCAGGAGAUCAGCAGGUGUUAUCCAAAGGUCUUGUCCAAGCUCCAGCUCAACGACUAG